AUGACCACAAUACACUUAGACGCGGACGGUGCAGACAGCCUCAUCUAUGCGUCUGAUGCGGCUAUGAUAAAAGCAGGGCGAACAUGUGACAGGGAUGCGGUAGAAGCAGGGCGAACAUGUGACAGGGAUACAGUAAAAGCAGGGCGAACAUGUGACAGGAAUGCAGUAGAAGCAGGGCGAACAUGUGACAGGGAUGCAGUAAAAGCAGGGCGAACAUGUGACAGGAAUGCAGUAGAAGCAGGGCGAACAUGUGACAGGCAUGCAGUAGAAGCAGGGCGAACAUGUGACAGGAAUGCAGUAGAAGCAGGACGAACAUGUGACAGGAAUGCAGUAGAAGCAGGGCGAACAUGUGACAGGAAUGCAGUAGUAGCAGGGCGAACAUGUGACUUGAAUUCCACAAAACAAAUCGGUAACUUCUUUUUCUUCAUUUUCUUUUCUUUUUCUUCAUUUUCUUUUCUUUUUCUUCAUUUUUUUUUCUUUUUCUUCAUUUUUUUUCUUCAUCUUUUUUCUCUUUUUCUUAAUCUUUUUUCUUCACUUUUUUCUUCUUUUUCUUCACUUUUUUCUUUUUCUUCCUUUUUUUUUUUUGUUCCCAUCUAUCUAUCUAUCUAUCUAUCUAUCUAUCUAUCAUCUAACGGAUCAUCAGGAUGA